GAAUAUUGUUAACGAGUCAGUUAACCGGGUCAGGUGCGUCAGUUGUGACGAAAGAUCGUGACAUUGUUACCUUGUGUUACAUCAGCUUUACUACCAAUUGAGGAAUUUGCAUAUACACUUAUCAUAUGCAAACUAUGUUGUCAAUGUUGCAUUUUGCCAAGUUAGUUGCAGGUUAAAGUGAGACCCUUGAUACCAGAAUCACCUGAGGGAUGUUGCCUACCACUAAACAUCUUUGGUAAAAAGUUAUAUUGGCACUGCCGUCGCUUUUUCUACCAGAAGAACGAGAUUCUUGGACUCUGCAACCAAAUUAGAUUUAUUCAGUUUCCAAAACGAGUAGAGAUGACAAACCUUCUCCAAGAAACAGUACAGUAUGCAUACGAUCACUGGAUUACAUUGUUGGUUGGACUUUUAAUCCUUCUGUUUUAUCGAUACUGUGUUGCACCGUUUACUGUUUUCAAGAAACUCGGAAUCAGAGGACCAACACCUCUUCCGUUUUUUGGCAACGCCAUACAGAACUCCUUUAAUCCAAAUGUCAUCCCAAAGUGUCAAAUGGAAUGGUACAGUAAAUAUGGAAAGAUAUUUGGAGUUUAUAUCUUUCGUCAGCCAUUCAUGGUGGUUGCUGAUCUAGAUAUAGUAAAAGAGAUCCUUGUCAAAGAAUUCCCGAAAUUUCACGAUCGAAAGAAAUUGAUGAAGGAUCUCAAGAAGCCAUAUGACAGAAUGUUAACAAUCGUAAGUGGUCAGAAGUGGAAGGAUAUACGGUCUACUUUGUCUCCAACUUUCAGUGCAGCUAAGAUGAAGCAGAUGAUGCCCUUUAUGAACGAAGCGAUUAGCAUUUUAAUGCAGAAAGUGGACAGAAUUUCCAAGACAGGGGAGACCAUUGAUUUUCAUAGGUGGCUCCAAAGUCUUACUAUGGAAGUGAUUCUGUCAACAGCAUUUGGAGUCAAAGCAGAAACACAAACUGUUGAAAAUGAUCCAAUCACUGAGUUAGCAAAGAAGGCCAUGGCUCCACACCCUUUGGUUGGAUUACUGUUCCUGUUACCAUUUGGAGAACACAUACUGAAUAACCUCCAGGAUCCGUUUGAUUUCGAAAAAAUUCUUGCCAUAUCAGCCGAUAUCAUCGCUGAAAGGACUGCCGCAAAGGACAGUAAUGAUGUACCCCGGAAAGACUUACUGCAACUGAUGCUGGAUGCAAAGGAUGAAACAGGAGGAGAAAAAAUUGAUUAUGAUGAUAUUAAGGCACAAUGUCUAACUUUCCUUCUCGCUGGAUAUGACACAUCCAGUACAACUCUCGCUUUCAUUUGCUAUGAACUCGUUCUUCACACGGACGUGCAAGAUAAACUGAGGGACGAGAUUGACCGUAUGUGGCCUGGAGAUGAGGAAUCUCCAUCUUAUGACUCGCUCCAUAACAUGCAAUACCUUGACAUGGUUAUUAAUGAAGCAAUUAGGAUGUACCCGCCAGGAUUCGUCCUUCAGAGAGAUUGCAUGGAGGCCUGCACUAUAAAAGGGCUGCACAUUCCUAAAGGAUUGCCUGUUACGAUUCCGUGUUAUGCAAUUCACCAUGAUCCGGAGAUAUGGCCGGAGCCAGAAAAGUUUGACCCAGAAAGGUUCUCAGAGGCAGAGAAAGCAAAGCGUCAUCCCUAUGCAUUCAUGGCGUUUGGAUUCGGUCCACACAAUUGUGUUGGAAUGCGAUUUGCUUUGCUUGAAAUUAAGCUGACCCUGGUGAGAUUACUAAAGAAGUAUAAGCUGGAAAAGACUGAGAGGACAGCGGUUCCAAUGAAGUUUGAAGUUAUGUUUGUUCUCACCUGCGCUCCUGAGACGGUUAUGUUGAAGAUUUCACCGAGGGAUUAAAAUACGAUCAUAUUGUAUCUCGUUUAGCUUGUAAACCGAUGACGACGUACUUCGCUAAAACAUCUUAUAGCACUCCUUUGUCAACCUCGGUUACGGUUUCGCCAAAUGUUUUUUCACUUUUCUCAGAUUGAAUAUUGUUUGAAAACGUCUAUCUGAACGCGAGAACCGGCCAGGAUUAUUAGGUUAGAAGACUCAAACUAAAUAUAUCCAUUUAAAAAUGUUUAGUAUGCACAAUUGUUAUGCACUUUUAGUACCUGAGGCUUACGAAACGUUUCGAACAAAUAUCAGUGACGCUUAAUACUGUGACGUAAGCAAACUUGGGCAAACUAAGACGUCAGCAAAAGUGGAAUUAACAAAAAUAAAGCACCAAAGUCACGUUACCUCAAAAUACUGUGCCUUCAACGAAGAGCUUCACGAUAUUUUCAACACUGCUAAAAAUACUGACAGAAAGGCAUACAAAAAUAACCAUUAUGUAGGAUUCUAAAUGUUUCAAUCGUUUUCCGGAAGAUGUCUACACGGAUGCAGUUACACCAAUCUUUAAUGAAGAAGCUCACUCUUUCCAUUUUGCAUCAUAUAUAUUAGCAUCAGAGCUGAGGAAAAACUCAGAUUUUCUUCCUUCGAUUGAAAAAAUGUACGUACAACACUACCAUUGGGAUAAAGGAGUUCUGAAAUAUACCUCAAGCGGCGCGAAAUUAAGCGUGUCUGUUGGCACGAAGAGAAGCGCGUAGGAGAUUAUGUAACAAGAAGUUACAUAAUCUACAAGCUUUUCUUGCUUUGUCAUUUAUAACAAUCAGUACCUCCAGUGAUUUUCUUUUCUAACUAGAAGCUCAUGACUCUCCAUGAAACGGCUGAGUAUGAAAAUAAGACCUUGGAGCAGUACACGAAAACCUUGCGAAAGACCAUGUAAAGGACAUGUUUUAAAGAUCAGGAAUGUGUCUGCCGUUCCUGAUCACUGGUUCGUUCAUGGAGACGAAGUCAAUAUUGAAGCUCUCAAGCUUAUAUUAUAUCUUUUGUAGUUAUUUACAACUGAUCUCAGUGCCUUGUGUAGGAGGGAAAUUUUGAAGUAAGGAAGGGAAGUUGCAUAAGCGACACGUUUUCUAUCGCUUUCUCCAUUAAAAAGUAUCUCCACAAUUAUUUUUCUUCAAGGUGAAAGUCGUUAAAAUUUUGACUUCUGACUAUGAAAAGCCUAAGAUACUUUUUCAAGCAUAUCUGAAAAGAUACAGAUUUUUUUAAGAUUAAACACUGUUUAGAGUGAUCAAAAGGCAUAUAGCACCAGCCAGAAAAGGAUCUGAACUUGGCUGUCAGAUCUCUUUAAAAGCAUCUAUUAAAGCUUGUUUUUUAUGCAGUUUGAAAAGGGGAUCCAAAAUAUAGGCGAUAAAACUACCUGCACUACAACGAUACGAGAUUUAAAAUUUUAAGAAUUCUUUGUUAAUCGUGUUUUGAAAAAACAGGCACAAUAUUCUACAAUUGGUUUAGCUCUUGAAUUAUGUAUUUCACUUGUCAAAAAAGUCAACUAACUUGUAUCAUGAUGAAACUGCAGGUUAUUUGUAGUUGACUUCAGUGAAGUGCCUGUUGAGGUUAUAUAAUCAAAACAAGUUACAUAAUCUGAAUCCGGGCUUAUUUACGAAAUCGAUCAACUCCCUAAGAGGUUUGUGUUUUUUCUUGGUCUAAUUCCAAGAAGCUAUUUCAUCGAAACUAUUGAACAGUUUAUUAUCAAGAAAUUCGGGCGCACUAAAGAGUGUAUGUUGCCAGGAUUAAAAAUUCUGAAUGUGUUCA